CCGCACGCACCUGCCGCGCCUCUCCUCACACGCGCGCUCUCCCGCCUCGGCAAAACAAGCGAAGACCCCCGCAGUCAGAACCGGAGGAAAAAUGCUUUCGAUUUCUGUCCUCCCCAUCCCCACCCAUGCCUGCAUGGCUGUAAUAUCCGGCGGCUCUCCUGCUUCCAAAGGGAACAGUUUCCUGAGGAACCAGACGCUGGCGGAGAGCGCGAGGGGCGAGCGAGAGCUGCUGAGAACUUGUCCCCUGACCGCAGCGCCAGCGCCACGUAAGUUCGCUCCUAAACCCGGCUUUCCGCGCGCGCUUCGGCUACCAGGCUAACAACACAGGCCCACGCGCAGGCUCCGCGCCGCCCGCGGGAAGGCAGCGGGAGGCCGGCGCGGGGCGCUUUGCUCCCGCCACUCGGCGAGUGCGCGUCCACGCGGGCGCCUGGGGGGGGCGACGGCGCGCGCGCGCCGCCGUCGCGGGAGGCGCCGCUCCCCCUCGGGCGUCCCGGGGAGCCCGGCGCGGGAAAAGGACCCGUGCGGGCAGCCGUGGCUGCGGAAGUGGGGGCCGUAGCCUUCCUCCGGCUGGCUGGCGGAUAGACCCCCGACCCCUCCUCGCAGGGAUGCCGGGUGAGGUCGCUCCCUCCGGGCAGCCCCUCCCUCCUCCGCUGUGUCCUGCCUGCCCCCUGCUGGGCGCCGGGGAAAACAGGCAGGCUGGUCCUUAUCUCCCCUACAGCUUCUAUCCCAGAAGUUUGUCUCCUGCGCAUGUUUGUGCUAGUCAUAUUUAAUACAUACCUACAGCAGAGAUGUAUGGAGUAAAUCAGUCUCACUUACGCUAAUCAAUAGUUAAAAAUAAUUCUAAGGUUUAACACUGUUUAUUGUGCACUGUUUAUAAAUGUGUGUUCUAUGCACAAACUGCAUCAGAAUAUCUUAUGGUAUUUGUUGAAAAUGUAGAUUUUGGACAUUUUUACCAUUAUUUCAGAUGAUUCUUAUAGACAGUAACUUUCGGGAACUAUUGACCAUCUAACUCCUUCUGAUAGAACUAUCUCGUUCUAUUUAUUUAAUUUGGAUUUAAAAUCAUGUUAGCUUCGACAUCUCAGUCCUGCUUUCUGUCGGUGUCCGCUUCACAUUCACAUUAACUCCUGGAUGAGAGAAGUGUCACUGUGUCUGUCCAAAAUGGUCCUUCACAUGAAUUUGGAAUUCUACCUUUCCUGUCUUCUCAGAUACUUAGUUUACUUACAUAGGAGUUACAAUAUACCAGCUAUGGAUUUAGGUUGCCAUAAAUGUCAUGAAUUAUUUAAUACUCCCAAUGGCCUGUGAUGUAGUCACCAUUAGUAGUCCAAUCUUAGGAGAAUACUAGUAAAAAAGAAAUAGGCACAAAGAGAGUAAGUAUUUUUUUGGUGGUCCAACAGCUCAUAAAGAAUGGAUCCAAUAUUUGAACCCAGGCACUCAGGCUCUAAACACAAUAUAUCAUGGUGCCUCUCUUCAGUUGUCACUCUUGUUCCUGCUCUAAUAUUAGUUGUACUAGAGCUAAUAUUAGUUGUACUUCUCUGUCACCAAUGCCUUUAGGCAGCUUUGUUUUAUAAGCUAAAAGUCCAUGAUUAUUUGUUGUGCAAUUAAUAAUUUUUUUGUUUACUGCAAGAAAUAAAUGGACAAUGUCUAAUUUCACAGAAUAUAGAGGCAAAAUAGAAUGUUGAGAAGUAUACAAAAAAGUAUUCCUUAUCCUGAAAUUAUGCUUAGUUGCUCUUUAAUAUUUCAUUUAGUGUCUCAAAUGAGGUAAGAGUUGUUGUUAUGUGUUGGCAUUAGUCUGUCCCAGAUGAGACAGGAUUGUGUUUAAGCAUUACACGUACUCACAAUGAUGGUACAGGAGUGGUAUGCAUACCUCUCUCCUGAGCAUGAGAGUGUCUUCUUCAUGCGCUCCAGGACAGCCUGAAUGACUGUCAGAGAAACCCCACCUUGGACAGAGAGCUGGAAACAGUAUGGAACACUAUUGUUCAACACUGUCAUAACAAAAAUAAAGGGACAGUCAAAGCUCCAUGACUAAUCUCUGUCUCUUUGUCUCAUGAAACACUCUACUCACUGAGAGGGAAAUAUUCAAACUUUCCCACAUGUGGGACUCUGUCAGAUCUGGACACAACCUCAAACAUCCACACUACUGGCUCAUUUCUCUGUAAGCCUAUAAACAAAAAUAAAACAUUAUAAAGCCUAGAAAUGUCCUUUUCUUCCAGUUAAAUAAAUCCUGGAACUAUAUCUUUCUCUAGUCAUUAUAAAGGUAUUUCUGUUCUGCUUUAAGAGAGAGCUCCAUUCUUUACUGUUCUCUCAUGUCACUCCUCCUUCACUUGGACACCAUCCUGUGCAGAUGUCUAUUAUGGCACUUUUCUACUUAUGCUGCAAUAAGUGAUUAUUGCCUAUCUUUUCCAAAAUACCAUAAGCUCUUGAGAUAUAAUUACAGGAACUGGAAUCUGAGCUAAAGUGAUGUGUGCAUGAUCAAUUAUCCAGGAGAUAUCCUUGAAGGAAGGUGACCCAGAGUCCUUCCUCUUUUCUUCUUCUGCUGGAUAGAAGGCACAUGUGAUGGUUACCAUGGCAGCUGAACCCAUCAUGAUGUCACCCAUUUGUCUAGUGGAAAACCAGGAAGAGCAGCUGAACCUGAAUCCAGAAGCAUUACAGAUUCUUAAUAAGAUUUCUCAGCCUGUGGUGGUGGUGGGCAUUGUAGGGCUGUAUCGGACCGGAAAAUCCUACCUGAUGAACUGCCUGGCAGGACAGAACCAUGGCUUCCCCCUGGGUUCCACAGUGAGGUCUACAACCAAGGGUAUUUGGAUGUGGUGUGUACCCCACCCCUCUAAGCUGAACCACACCCUGGUCCUUCUGGACACUGAGGGUCUAAGUAACUUGGAAAAGGAAGACCCUAAGAAUGACUCAUGGAUCUUUGCCCUGACUGUGCUUCUGAGCAGCACCUUGAUCUACAACAGCAUGGGCACCAUCAACAGCCAGGCCCUGGAGCAGCUGCACUAUAUGACUGAACUAACGCAGCUGGUCAGGGCAAAGUCCUCCUCAGACUACACUGGGGUAGAGGACUCUGCCAAGUUUGUGAGUUUCUUUCCAGACUUUAUUUGGGCUUUACGAGAUUUCACAUUGGAGAUGAAGAUAAAUGGAUACUCCGUAACUGAAGAUGAGUACCUGGAGGAUGCCUUGAAGCUGCUUCCAGGCACAAAUCCCAAAAUCCAAAAUUCCAACAUGUCCAGAGAGUGUAUCAGACAGUUCUUUCCAAAACGGAAGUGCUUCAUCUUUGACCGGCCUACAAAUGACAAAAAUCUCUUAGCCCAUAUUGAGAAUGUGCCAGAAGACCAGCUGGACAGUAGUUUCCGGGAGCAAUCAAACAAAUUCCGUACCUAUGUUUUCACUCAUACAAAGACCAAGACCCUACGAGAGGGAAUCAUUGUCACUGGGAACCGGCUGGAGACUCUGUUGAAAGCCUAUGUGGUUGCCAUCAAGACGGGAGAAGUUCCUUGCUUGGAGAAUGUGGUGACAGCUCUUGCCCAGCGUGAGAACUCAGUGGCCGUGCAGAAGGCAGCCGACCACUACAGCGAGCAGAUGGCCCAACGAGUGAGCUUCCCCACAGACACGCUCCAGGAGCUGCUGGAUGUGCAUACAGACUGCGAGAGGGAAGCCAUUACAGUCUUCAUGGAGCAUUCCUUUAAGGAUGACAAGCAGGAGUUCCAGAAAAAUCUCAUGGACAUGAUAGAAAAAAAGAAGAAAGAUUUCUUGCUGCAGAAUGAAUACACAUCUGUUAAAUAUUCCCAGGCAAAGCUUCAGCAACUUACAGAGCCCCUGAUGAAAAGCAUCUCAACAGGAACUUUCUGUGUUCCUGGAGGACACAGUCUCUACUUAGAAGCAAAGAACAAGGUUGAAUGGGACUAUAACCUAGUGCCCAGGAAAGGGGUUAAGGCAAAUGAAGUUCUCCAGCACUUCUUACAGUCCCAAGUGGCAAUAGAGAAAUCCAUCCUGCAGGGAGACAAAGCCCUCACCUGUCAAGAGAAGGCACUCGCAGCUGAGCGGGCUAAGAAGGAGGCAGCUGAGAAGGAGCAGGAGCUGCUAACUCAGAAACACAAGGAGCAGCUGCAAAAAAUGGAGGCUCAAGAGAGAGGCUUCAGGGAAAACAUAGCCCAACUGAGAGAGAAGUUGGAGAAGGAAAGAGAAAGCCUUCAGAGAGAACAGGAAAAUAUGCUGAUGCACAAGCUGAAGGUCCAAGAAGAACUUCGUAAUGAGGGAUUUGAAAAGAAAUCUGAGAAGUUGCGUAGAGAGAUACAGCUACUAAAAAAAGAGAUUGUGGCAAAUAAAGAUAAAUAUUUGUUGGAUCAAUGGAUUAUUGAUGUGACUGAUGGAGUAUUCAGUAAAGAAACGCCGGAUCAUACUGAGCGGGCUAAGAAGCAGGCAACUGAGAAGGAGCAGGAGCUGCUAACUCAGAAACACAAGGAGCAGCUGCAAAAAAUGGAGGCUCAAGAGAGAGGCUUCAGGGAAAACAUACCCCAAAUGAGAGAGAAGUUGGAGAAGGAAAUAGAAAGCCUUCUGAGAGAGCAGGAAAAAGUGCUGAUGCACAAGCUGAAGAUACUAGAAGCUUCCGGUUUCCAGCGACAAAAAGCACAGAUUCCCUGAGGAUAUCAUUGUGUGUGAUGAUUUUUAUCAGCUGAAGAAUUGCAUCAAAUAGAUUGAUGGCCUGAAACUGCUUAAAGUCUGCAUUUCCAGGAACUCGAUGUGGUUUAGGAUAUCAUCAGUUUGGGGCUCCUUCUUCUUAUGCUUCAGGAUGCUAAAUGGGACUCUUCUGUUAGGGGUCCACUAAGUGUCCUGGACUGAGAACACUAGGUGCCAAAUAACUAAUUCCCAAGCAAGGUGCCACAUCAGCUUUUACAGUUAGGUUAAACUCAAGACAGUAGAAGAAAAAUAAUAUGAUUAUAUCAAUUAAUGAAGAAAAAGCAUUUGACAAAAGUCUAACACUCACUCGUGAUGAAACCUUUCACAAAUUAGGAAUAGUGGGGUAUUUCCUCACCUUGAUAAAGAAUAGCUGAAAAAAACCUACAAGCAUACUUAAUGGUGAAAAGCUAGAUGCUUUCCCGUAAGAUUAGGAACAAGGCAAUGAUGUCUGCUUUCACUUCUAUUGAACAUCAUGGAAGUCCUAAUGAAAUAAGACAAAAAAAGAAAAGGAAAGAUAUAUAGAUUUUUUUAUGUAGAAAGUCUCAAAACAUCAUCAACAACAACAAAAAAUUCCUGGCACUAAUAAGUGAUUAUAGCAAGGUUGCAGGAUACAAGGUUUACAUACAAAAAUCAAUUGCUUGCUUAUACAUUGGCAAUGAACACGUGGAAUUUGAAAUUAAUAACACAAUAUCAUUUAUGUUAGCACUCCUGAGAAAGAAAUACUUAGGUUAUACAUCUGAAAAAAAAAUAUGUGUAAGGUCUAAUGAAGAAAAUAACUCUGUUGAAAGAAAACAAAGAAAAAUCUAAAUAAAUGGGAACACUCAGUAUUGUCAAGAUGUCAGUUCUAUAGAUUCAAUAUAAUCCCAGUAAAAAUGCCAGCAAGUUAUUUUGUGGAUAUUGACAAACUAAUUCUGAAGUUCAUAUGGAGACGCAAAAGACCCAGAAUAUACAGCAAAUACUGACGGAGAAGAAAAUGUCAGAAACUGAAACUACCCAGCUUUAAGACUUACUAUAAAAUUAUAGUAAUCAAGACUGUGUGGCACUGGAAAAAGAAUAGACAAGUAGAUCAAUGGAACAG